CUUUAUAGGUGAAGAAGUGUCGGACAUCUACCGUCACUAUUCAAUCACCUCUCCACACAAACUUCUGUGUUCAUUACGUGGAAGCUUGAUUACAGGUGUUCACAUCUGGUUUAUUGGCUUUUGACAUCAAUAAAAAUGACUCAAUCAUCGUACUUGAUGGCCUUUAUCCGGAGUCUAAUGGAAAAUAGUUCCAUGGACAUUCGAGAAAAGAAGAAACGUCAACUGGAAAAGGAUUUCACAGAAACAGGAGCCGUGCUGAAUAUAUGUCUUACUGAAAAGCUUCCUGAUGUGAAUAAAAUUUUAAGCACCUAUGGAAUAGUUUCACAGCGUAUCAGAGAUAACAAAACAUCUGUCACUAAAAUACAAAGAGAUCUUAUGGAAUGUAAAAGUUUGUUAUACUGUAAUAGAGAAGAGUUACGCAGGUUGUGGUUGGAACUUGUUGAACAAAGGAGAUGUUUAGAAUUGGUGGAUCAAGUGGAUCGACUACGUUCUACUCCGGAUGUAUUGAAUUGUUUAGUAGCUGCUCGUGCUUGGUCUGAAGCAACAUUUGUCAUGAUUAAUGCAAAUUAUAUGCUUGAAUCAGAGAUUGCUUCAAUCCCUGCAGUUCAAGGAUUGAAAACGGAGCUAACACAAAAGAAUAAGUUUCUAAUAGAUGAAUUGAAAAAAGAAUUGAAUCGUCUACUCUAUGAUAAACCGUGUACUUUAGCCUUGAAUUCACGUUUACGUAACUUGGAUUCACUUCAGCUCCACAAGUCAUCAUAUUCUAAUUUUGAUUCAAGAGAACCUGGCUCAAUCAAUACAACUGCUGUGACACACUUUGUCAGUUUACCACUAUCAGAUUGGCAUAGUGCUUCUGUUGUUGAACCCAUAGUGGAUAGUAAUCUGUAUAAAGAACCACGUGCAGUAGCUAAAUCUGUUGCUGCGGCUGCUGCGGCUGCUGCUGCAUCACAGGCAAACAAUGAAUCAUCGACCAGUCAAAGUGGACAACCACAACAACACCAACACCAGCAACACCACCACCAACAAACCGGUAUCUCUCAUUCUGAUUGGAUACGUGAAAUUGUCGCUGUAACACAUUGUCUUAUGCGUUUACAAAAAUUACCCCAGUUUCUUGGUGAUUGGCGGCCUCAAGCGCAUAUUUCACAUAUGACAGGGACUGGUCAUGUCUUCUCUGCACCGCUAAUUCUUGGUCAAGGUUUAAUUGGUGAAAUCCACAGGUCAAUUGUCUUGAAAAUAAGUAAAGCAGUUGAAAAUAAGUAA